AUUAUUAGAUCAUCAAACCUGUAUUUUGCUUCCUGCUUGAAUCUUUGAUUUUAAUGACAUGCGUCUAAAGAACACCUGUCUUGCAUGCAAAAGAUCAUUGGAUAUAUUAUUCAUUAAGAUUUAUCUGAUCGAUGUGAUUUAAAGACUAUUUUGGAAAUGUUCUGUGUAUUAGAACACCUUGGUCUGCUGAACUGUCAGAACACAUAUACACACAAUGAUAUUAGGGCUGGCUGUCUUGCUUCUCCUCCAGGAAUCCCAUGGAUUUCACAACGACCCCGAGCCCUGCACGUCAGAGAAUACGUCUACAGUAAUAAUCAGCGAAGAAGUGUCUUGUAUCAAGGUUCAUGAACUUUCCAAUAUGUCUUACUUCUGGCUCCGCCCCCAGCUCCCUGAUGGACGCCCACUAGUACUCUCUGAUGAAUGUGCCUGCACAUUUGGUUGUCCCUCCUACCUUAACGACACUCUUCCUGCAAACGGUACUGAGAAGAUCAAACUUUUUUCGACAUGUUACUCACCUUGGAGGAUGAUGGUCAGGAAAUGCGACGGUUUCUAUGUGUUCUAUGUGGAUUCUAUAACUCAUUUCUAUUCCGAAUUCCGUCAGGAAACCAUAUGUCUAGCUCCGUAUCAAGAAUCAUGUAAGAAAUCGAAGAAUUCUACAGAUAGUGACCUCCACGUGUGUCCAGAAGUGAGAAGUUUCCACGAGGAGACCGAGGAUGGAUUGACCAUGGAGGCAGUCUUUAAGUGUCUAUUCCAACCAGUUCCUGGAAACAUAGAGUAUGAUGUAGACUGGUACAUUGAUGGAACCCUGGUGAACAACGCCAGAUUCUCUAGGGUCAGUUACAGCAACAUAAACGAUACUGUACUACGUCCACGACACUGGACCAACAACUUCACUAUGAGUUUCCAGGUAUCUUGUGCUGUACAGGCAAACGAUAUGUCGUCUGGAACUGAAGGGGAUUUUCAUGAAAGUUAUACAUAUUUCGCUGGCGUUAAGUCGGAUCGUAUACAGUAUUCAGUGAUUGAGGGGGAGACCAUUCAGAUUGGUCUCCAGGCAACAGUUCCAUUCAGUUGUCCGCCAGUUUUGAGUGACGCAAUGAAAGCCUCUCAUUGUAAUUUCCAAUUCUACAUCUGGACCCCAGGAGAGGAGGGAAAGUGCGUGAAUGGACAGAUCAGCAACGGAGUUGCCUUCAAGGAUAACCCCUGUGGAAUUGUGUUCGGCUACAAAGACAGAAGGACAUCUCUCAGUGUUACCGGCUAUAUUGACGGAUUGGUCAACUUCAGAGAGAGAAGAUCGAUUUUGAAAGUGGCCUCUACUCGAAAUCCUAUGGACUCAUCUGGGAUAUGGAAUGGUGUUAAUAUUCCGGAUAUUACAGUUAUUGUGAAAGAUAAAGACGUCCUAGUGUCGGGUAAAUUCUGUGCUUCCUACACAGAUCCACACCAGAGGACGUUUGACGGGAAGUACUUUUCCAAUCAACGGGCUGGGGAAUUCCUGCUGUACAGACACAAAACUCUACCUUACACGGUACAUGUGUUAUAUUCCGCAUGUAUUUGGGGACGCGCUACAUGCAAUUGUGGCAUCGCUAUCAGAAGUGGUGGAAGUCUCUUUUCUGUCCGCACUUGUAAAGAAGUGUCCACAACUUGGACGAAGACCUUUCAAGUUCCAGAAGAGAAAAGUGAAAUAUGUAAUGAAAACGAUCUACGUAUUCAGAAAUACUGGCGUUAUUAUACGGUAACAUUUCCGAGCGGCACCGUGGUAUCGUUUUCGGUGUCCUGGUGGAGUAGCUGGGUCGGCAGUAUUCGUAUCCGGGCCUCUGUUUCUGACAUCGGAAAUACAGAGGGGCUGUGUGGACUUGUCAAUGAUGACGUCACCGAUGACUUCCUUCCUAAAAAUGGACACAGUGCAACUGAUAUAGAUAGAUUUGCCGAAUCAUGGAGAAUACCAAUGAACUCUGCAGACGACAGUUUAUUUGUGGAGAAUCCAAAAAUUCUAAGCGAAUCCUUCUCCUACACUAUAGACGACAACACAGACAAUGAGAACUACUGCACGUGUCCCUCCGAUGAGCCUGUGAAUUCUUAUAGUCCGGACUUUGAGACACGUAAUCAGGCCCACUGCAACCAGACAACUCCAAGCUCCGUGUGCGGAAGUCAGGUUUCCAUGGUAACGCAUACACCUUCCUGUGGCUCUGCCUUGCGUCGACGGAAGCGCUCUAUUGAACCAGAUGAUGUUGUAGAUACUACAGUGCUUACCUAUGCUACUGACUUCGAUGAAACAGCUGUUUUUAAUGUGAGUGACUGGAUCAAUGGAUGGAAUGCCACAUCGGCCAGAAAGUUUUGUGAGGACGCGUUCGCCUUUGACCCCGCUGUGGAGACCUGUAAUGACCUUGUGAACAUUUCUUCGGGAUCCUAUAUUGAUAGCUGCGUGGAGGACAUCAAAAUGUCCGGUAAUACGACUUGGGUUGAGGAUACAUUGGAUACACUUAAAGGGGCGUGUCUUACAGAGGCCCAAAAGCAGGAGGUGUUUUAUACUAACUCCUCCUCUAACUCCACCGAGGAGCUGUCGAUCAUCCAACUGAUCACGGCUAAACUUUGCCCCGCCAAUUGCUCUGGAAAUGGAGAAUGUAGAGAGGCUGUGUGUUCCUGCAAUGAUGGGUUCAUCGGAAGUGAUUGUUCUGCCCGGAAGUCCAUGCCCCCUACCGAAUUUUCCUUGCCGUCAGGUGGAAUUUGUGAUACAAGUAAACGACUAUGUCAGCGAACGAACAUUGCAGGGACAUUCUACUCGGAGGAAGUGUUUGCCAGAUUUACUUAUAUUCAGGUAGGAGAAACGGGGUUUGCAGAUAACUUUACUGUGACGAAAAACGCAACCCUUCGGCAUUUCAACCUUAUAACGGUGUCAUUGCCGGAAAUUCCCGAAUCUUCCCGACGUCUACGUCGUUCGGUGAUGGAUGGUGUUAACGGCUGGAAUAUCACACUGAGUUACGAUGGUUUAACCUUCGGGGAUCAAGUGACUCUAUUGGUAUACAAUAGUCAGAAAUACUCGUGUGAAACGCAGACUUUAACCUGCCAAAAACUGAAAAUCGGAACUGGAAUUGAUUCUUUAUCUUCGAAAUCAGGUCCCUCUGGGCAUCUGGCCGCCAUUGCUGGCGUUGUUUGUGGAGUUGUUGUUAUAGUAACCCUCAUGAUCAUCAUUAUCCUCGUGAAAAAGAAGAGGAUUCCCAACGGUCGGAACCAGGCGGUGAUAGGGAUACAGAGAGAUGACAUAAAACAAACACCAACCAGUGACACAGGAUUCGUUCUUGGUGGGAAUGGUGACUAUGGGCCGAUCAUUUCGUCUCUGCCCCCGAUUCAGUAUGUGUACCAACAAAAACGGGCAGGGACAGAUAUAUCCCUACAUUUCGAUGAUAAAGAGAAUUAAUAUAUCAUUGAGACAGUUUUACGUCUUCAAAGGAAAUCUAAAACACUAUUGUAAUAAAAAUGGAUCAAUAUAAUGUUACUUAUAGAAUAUCUCCGUUACCGAGAUGUUUUUAGUAGCCACCUAUUUGCAUUUCAAUCAGAAUAUAGGAAGAGACGUAUGUUGUCAUCAGUGUUAGUGAUUGGUUUGUUUAUAUUUACUUGUUUCCUGCAAAAUAUGUACCCACUUGGAACUUCUUUUUGUUGUUGUUGUUGUUGUUAAUUGACUUGUGGAAAUCUGGGUAUUGUGUUGUUUCAAGAGUUCCCUUGUCUACAACUUUAAGUCUUGUAUCCACCAGUAUAUUAAUCAUUAUUAUGCAUGUAGUAUACUGGUGAUACUGUUAGACGAUAUCUAAAUGAUGUUGGGGUAUUUUACAAUGUUUUAAUUUGUUGUUUGAAGUACAGCAUCAAUUCCGAUGUUAUCCAGGGAAGAAAGAGACUAUAACAAGAAGACCUCCACGAUAAUUGAUUGCAUAGCAACAAAUCAAAAGAAAAUAUCCCCUUUUCUCCUUGCUGCCAAUGAUUUAACAUUCAACUCAGUAGGGGAAAAAACCUUUCUUCAGCAUCAAGAUCUAGAAGGCGUAGGGAAUUCCAGCACUUUUUUAAAUCAUCGUCAAUACUACUGCUUGAUUUUAUAUGACCUCGAGCUUAUUAUUUUUUCCGCAUUUUGAUAGCUAUUUUCAGUUGCUACAUUUGUGAUGUUUUUAUCGUAGUAUAUGCUAAAAUAGACCAAGGUUUCGUCUGUUUGAUUGGGAUUAUUGUUUUGUUUUUAUUUGUCGAAGAUUUUUCAGUGUUGGUGUUAUAAUUGUAUGUUACCGUUUUUCAAAACAUGAUAGACAAAUUC